AUGGAAGGCACCCCCAGAGGCAGAGGGGUGGAAGCCUCAUCCCAGAUUCAAACAGAUCUAUUCGCGCGAGGAUGGAAAGAUCUAUUCGGCGAUUUCGGGGCAAUUGUGAAAGGUACCCCUCAACAAACAAUUGACUGGCUACUGAUGAUCCAGGAUGGGGAGAAACGAAUUCCUUACCAGAGGCAGGUAUUCGUGCUAGAAUGCAAGCUCGAGCGACUGCUGGCACCUGGGAUGGUCUGCGACAGGAUCGUUGAAAAUAGAGAUGCUCGUGACGAGGAGCCUGAUGAUUCUUGGGCUAAUUUACGUCCACGAAAGCGGACGUCUCAGGAUAGCGGGCUGCAAGCGGAGCAAGCAGCAGUGGCGGGGAAGCAUCUGGUGGCUGUCGGGGACCUGUACGACUUCUUCGAGAAGGGGGAGCGUCCAAGUGUCGAAGACCAUAGGUCGGUGUUCGAAAAGCUCUUGUUGGGGUUUCCCGACCACCCCGAGGCUGGGGGGGAGUAUGCGGAAGCACUGCGACGGGUCGCUCAGCAAGCUCUGGCGAUUGAGCCGGAUCGCGUCCUCUUCAAGGCCUACCCGCGGAAUAUCGGAAGCGGGGUGGAGCGGAUCGAGAAAGGCGAGGGAGAUCCACUUUACGUCGUGGACAUGGGAGUCUUCCUAUGGACAUCCCAGCAUGCGGCUGGUGUGCAUCGGGAUGGUUCCCCAGUGGAUGCAGACGGCACCUGCGAGAAAGGCUGCGGCCCCGCUGCCUUCAUCAAAGAAGUGAUGAAGAAGAUGAACGCGAACGUGGACAAUCUCAUCAUGAGCCUUACCCGCAACAUAGAGACCCCCGUUGGGAAGGCUUCGGAGGAGCUGGAGCCCGACGCAGAGACGGAGAAGGAGGGGGAGAAGCUACCGGAGCCGGAUACAGAGAAGGAACCAGACUGGCUGCAGGACGAGGCAGAAUGGAAAUUGGGGGAGGUAGACUCAGAGUCUGCGGGGGCACCGCAGGAGGAGGGCGAUCCACACGAGGUGGUAGGUCAGAAGAGGAAGUCGCGGGGGGGCGAGCAACUGGGUGCAGCGGAGAAGAGGGCGAGGCUUAGUGCUGAAGAAGCACGUGCACAGCAGAGAAUAGUGAGCCAGUGUUUGGACCCUUCGAAGUGGCUGCAACGCGAGCCUUGCACCGGAGGGAUUCACACCGAGCCAAACUUCGACGGCACGUUCUGCUGCGAAAUUCCCGCACUGACUCGCAUCGGUGAGCUCCACGGAGGUGUCGGGGUUUAUUCCGACACCCAGGCCCACGAGUCCCUCGCCGACCUGCGCAGCCUCGGGCUGGAGGAGUUCGCGGACGUCAUCAUCCAGCUGACGGGGCUGUUUGGCGUGCCGACGGCAAAGGUCAACAUCUUCUGGUCGGUGGCUGGAGAAGUGACAGCUUUCAAUCAGGCUGGAAAUCUCUACUUCAACAUGGCCUACUCAUUCUCCAGCUGGAAGUGGUUUGUGAUAGUGGCCCACGAGCUAGCACACAACGUGGAGAAAGAGCACGGUAUUAGAUUUGUUAAGGCCUUAGAGCAUCUGAUAACUGACAGUGGCUGCAAAUUUGAGGGCUGA